AUGUCGCACUCAAGCACCUCGAGCAUAACCUCCCGGGUGAAGCGGAGAAUAAAGAAGGCAGCCUUGUUUACGCCAUCUGAGGGGUCAAGCAACCACAAAACCCAAGCCCUCCCUCCACCUCAGGCAAGUGGUGCCUAUCCCCUGAGGCGUGGCAGCCCUUGCAAUUUUCGGACACGACUGGGAGGGCUUCAGGUGCCGGACGAGGAGACAGAUUUCGAGGAGGCACAGCCCCCACGUCUCCCCCUGGAGUAUACCUUCGUGGCAGGACGGCAACUAAGCCUGAUACCCGAGGAAUCUGAGGAGUCAGAUGAAGAACCCGCCGAAGGCCACGAGGAUGACAACAAGCACGUCUUUGGCGGCUUUGACGACGAUGACAGUAUUUACGAUAGCCUUAUCCUGGCAACCCUGAGUGAGAUUCUAGCCCUCGAGGACGGUCUGGAUGAGAGGCUUCCGGCAAGUAGUGAUGACACUCUACCAGCUGGUGAUCCCAGACCUACUCCAACCCGGAAACCCCAGGAGUUCCCCUUGCCGACGUACUACAUCAAAGACCCAAAGGAGGACCCUACCUGUGACCCAGGCGAUGAGUUCUACCUCGACGUCCCCGACUCAUGGUCUGUCGUCACCUCCAUGUCCGGGGUCUCGACCUACAUGCCAGGCUGUGUCAUGGAACAGCCCCCGUCCCGGUUCCCUCGACUCACUGGCCUCAUGAAGGGCUCAUCCAGGGCUGCUAAGAAGAAAUUCCGCAAGGUUGAGAGCACGUGUCGAGGCAUGAUGUUGCCCAGGAAGUUGUGUUCAAGUGGAGCACUGGAGUGUCUGGGGGUAGGUGCGUAACUUAGGCGCUGGGGAGGGUACUGGGAGAGAGGGACAGAGUUGUAGGAGUAUAAUCAUGGGCAAGGAGGUGGUCAUCAAUUCGCUUGUUGGACGCCCUCACCGCAUGAGCCCCAACCGUUUCCCGAAGGACUGCAAAAACAGUUAUCCUCGAUGUAGAUAUCAAAAACAGACAACCCCUAGAGGAGAACCCCUAGACCACAAGGCUACCCUACCUCGAACCUCCCCUCCUCGUUCCAGUCCCAUUCGCCAUGCCCUCAAGACAAACCACAACAGCAUCCACGCCUCACCUCCCCAUCCAACCCAUAAAUGCCAUCCCGAAAUCUCCCUCCUCGCAAUCAUGG